UUUAUUUGAAUUUAUCACAAUGUAAAUAGAACAUGAAGGUCAAGAAAUUAUGCGGUGUUGAUAAAACUUUGAUUUAAACACUGUAUGCUCCUUCGGAAUACUUGAAAUAGGUACAAUUUAAUUGGUUUUAAAGGUAUUUUAACAUCACAGGAUGGUGAUAACGAUGUUGACAAGAUCACCACCUCGGUCUUUCAGACAGUUUUCAUAUCUAAACACUUGUAUAUACAGACUUGGUCAAUAUACAUACAAUAAACAGUUAUCCUUUGGUAGAACAAACUUCUGUAAAUCUUGUUUCUAUAGAUGCAUAUCAACAUCAUCUAGUCACAUGACACGUAGUGAUUUUGCGGCAAGCGGAAGUCACACAUCACGUGAUCACACAUUGCCAAGGCGAAGCAUUUGCACGGCACCAGUCAAUCAAACAGACCAUGGUCUCCAAACAUCACUUGGCGGUCACUCUUUAUUAGAGAGACAGGUAUUAACUAAAGGUUGCACGGCGACCGGAAGUCUAAUUACACGUGCUUGUCACGCGGCAACUGUUGGUUACACUGCACGUGGUUGUCAUACGGUACCUGAUAGCCAUACAACACCUGUUUUUCUUAGAGCCGAACUAUUUCAAGACAAAUUAGCAGUAGUGACGCAACAUGGGCGUUACACCUAUCACGACCUAUUGCAUUACAGCUGCACACUGGCUCAUGAAUUUAACGAAAUCGCACACAGAAUGAGAUAUUCGUCUGGAGAUUCCGAAUUUCCGCUUAAAGGCGAGCGUAUAGCCUUUCUUUGUGACAAUGAUUUGUCCUAUAUAGUUACACAGUGGGCAGUCUGGAUGUGUGGGGCUAUAGCUGUUCCUCUGUGUAAGUCGCACCCCAUCAGUGAACUGGAAUACUUUGCAGACGAUUCCGGUGCCAAGUUAUUAGUGUGUAGUAAAAAUUAUCAAGACCAGUUGGAGCCGGUGGCCAGUAAGUUGGGUAUAUUGUUGAAGACUAUAACGAUGGACGAUUAUAGCGGGGAUUAUGAUGAAGAUUGUAAGCACUGGGAAACUGACUUGGGGAGGAAACUUAGACAAAGCCUUGGCGCUCUCUUAGAGAACGAUACUUACAAAGAUAGAAAGGCAAAGAUUGUAUAUACGAGCGGCACUACAGGCAGACCAAAGGGAGUUGUUCAUACUUUUGGAAAUUUAGAUGCACAGAUGCAAGGUAUGAUAUCAUCAUGGGGAUGGCAGCCAGAUGACGUCAUCCUGCACGUGCUACCACUUCAUCAUGUGCAUGGUAUAGUCAAUGUACUGAUGACACCUCUAUACUGUGGGGCUACACUUGUCAUGCUACCAAAUUUUGAUGCCAAAAAAGUAUGGAAAGCAUUGUUACGCACAGAUCCUCCUAUAAAUGUAUUUAUGGCAGUUCCAACAAUUUAUGCCAAACUUAUAGAGGAAUAUGACAGUCAAAAACAAUCUGAAGAUCCUUACAUACCAGAUGAUUUGUCUUCAAUUUUAACAAAAAAAUUCAGAUUGAUGGUAAGUGGAUCAGCUGCCUUGCCACAACCAAUCAUGGAGAAAUGGGAGGCUAUAACUGGUCACACAUUAUUGGAGAGAUAUGGGAUGACCGAGGUUGGCAUGGCAUUAACCAAUCCUCUCAUUGGAGACAGACUUCCUGGUAUGGUAGGCUUACCAUUUCCAGGAGUAUCAGUUCAGAUAGUUGAACAUAGUGAAAAAGGACAGAAAGUUCUCGCAGAGGGGGAUUCUGAAAAUAUUCAAACCACUAUAGGUGAGGAAGGCAGCUCUGGCGAGUUAUUUGUAAAGGGAGAUAAUGUGUUUAGUGAGUACUGGAAUAAACCAGAUGCUACGAGUGAAGCUUUUACUGCAGAUGGCUGGUUUAAAACAGGAGAUACAGCCUUGUAUACAGAUGGUGUGAUAAAAAUAGUUGGUCGUACUUCUGUUGACGUAAUUAAAAGUGGAGCUUAUAAAAUAAGUGCUUUAGACAUAGAGCGCCACCUGCUGGAACAUUCUGGUAUUAAAGAUGUUGCUAUAAUAGGAUUACCAGAUGAAAAAUGGGGACAGAUUAUUACUGCAGUGGUUGUGAUGAAGCCAGGUGAAACUCUUACAUUACCUGAUCUACAGGCUUGGUGUAAGGAUAAAAUGGCUCCGUAUCAAAUCCCCAGAUGUCUCAAGUGCCUUGACGAUAUGCCAAGAAAUGCAAUGGGAAAAGUGAACAAGAAAGAGUUAGCCAAAUCGCUAUUUCCAGAAUACUUUAGUUAAAAUUUGAUUUGAAAAACCUUUGCAGGGAUUUUAUGUUUCUUGGUGCAUUUUUUAACCAUAUAAUGGACAUUAAUAUUAAAGGGACUCCACUGAGGUUUUUUGACAUGAUGGGACUGAAAAUAUUUUUUUCCAGAUAAAUGUACCAUUUGAUGAAGGUUUAGAUCACUAAUUUUAGUGAAAUUUUAAACGCUUUUCACUCAAAUCGGGAUAAGAAAAGCAUAAAAAUACGAUUUUCAAUUUAUUUCAAAGUAUAUUUCUUAACUAUCUUUGCAUAUAUUUCUGUUUAAAGUGCCCCAGCUCAUUUAUGUAAGAAAUUUGAAUGUUAUGUUUUUAGGUUUUUUAAACCUCAGUGGAGUCCCUUUAAGGAGGGGUUUUUGUUGUGCAUUAUUGUUAUUAUUUUGAGUACAACAGGGAAAUUGUUGCAAACUUGAUUUGAUAUCAAAUUCUUUUGAAGCUGUUAUAUAACUUGAUAUAAAACAUAUCAUAUAGCAUUUAAUUUCCUGAUUAUUGCUUAAUUAUAGUUUUAUCUGAAAUAUUCAGUUUAAUUUCCAAUAUGGUUUGCAAUAUAAUAUAAUUAUUGGCUAUUAUAUAAACAUAUAUGCAUACAAUAAUAAAACAAAUCAUUUUUUUUAUCUAAAAAGUAAUUUAUACAAUUGUUACUUCCAUAAUGUCUUGUCUCAUAAUUGUACAUGUACUGUAUUAUAAUUAUUACAAUGGUUAAAAU